GAAGUUCUUGAGAUUCCACCGGUCAUUACUAAGUUGUUGUGUUUAUUGGCCAAGUAAGGGCGCCUGGGAGGAAGAGGCAAGAUGAGAAGAUCUACCAGCACUAGAAAAGACUCAUCUAGAGCUACUCUAUCUGCUCCUAAUGAUGUUAGUAACGGUGUACAGAAGUCUGAAAAGGGGGCGUUGACCCUAUUCUACAAGCUGCUCAAAAAACAAUGUGUUACAGUUGAUCUGCUUCCCAAGCAGUACAAGGAAAGAUAUCUUUCAAGAGGCUACAGACAACCAUACUCAUCCUUCCUAGACUGUCUAGUCAGUUUAUUCCGACUCAAUAACGAGACACUGAAUGUGUGGACACACCUCAUUCCACUCAUCCUACUCCUGAUAUACUUCUAUCAAACCUUCCCCUGUGAGCUAUGGCCUCUCACUAAAAUCAAUCCGUGGUACUACCCCCUACUAUCAGAGGAGAUCUCGAUACUUGCCUAUCAUCUAGGCUCUGUAAUCGCACAUUUAUUCAACUGUAUGACACCUCGAAUUCGGCAUAUUUGCUUUUUUAUUGACUAUGCAGCUAUUUCUAUGUUUGGCAUGGGUGGCGCUUGUGCUACCUACUACUACCUCCGACCAUUGAACACAAACAUCCUCUUCUUCAAUAUGCCCAACGUCUAUAUCGGUAUGGCCUCAAUAGCUAAUGUAAUGGCCGUGUACCUCUGCUGUGCUUCGCGUCACAAGUGGGAGAAAUCAAAGUACCUCAUUAGAACGCUGGCAUUUGCUCUACCCUAUUUUGCAGGGAACUUACCAUCCUACUAUCGGGUGCUUAAUUGCGUGUUUACUGGAGAAGAAUGUACCAUAUCUCUAGUCAUUCUGGUGGUCGGAUCGCUUGGAUAUCUAGCAGCAGCCAUAUUGAAUUCCACCAGGUUCCCGGAAAAACAUUAUCGAAACAUUUUUGACAUUUGUGGUCACAGUCACCAGUGGGUACACAUUAUUACCUCAUUUGGUACGUUGGCACAUAUUUUGUCUGUCCAGACUGAGCUACAAGAGCGAGCAGACAAAAUGGAGACACUCUUAGAAGGAAUUACUUUCUACUCUUCCUUGGGCUGGGUUCUGGGGGCACUCUUUGUCGGUGUGUGUGUGGCUCUCUGGUUCGGCUCUCAACUGUCAGUAGAAGGACACUUGAAAAACGAGCAUCUACACCCAGAUAAGAAUAGAUCACAGUAUAUUAAAUAAAAUUGCUAUUUUUAUCAUUAUUUAUAUGCAUUAUUUAUAAUUUUGUGAUAAUUAUUGGUGGACUAUAAUGCUUUGCUAUCUUG